AAUGCAUUCUUUAAGAUUAUGUCUGCGGAUAAACCACAAACAUUUUUCACUGAUCAAGAUCCCGCUAUAUCUGCUGCUAUAUCAUUUGUAAUGCCCAAAACAUAUCAUCGCCUUUGUGUAUGGCACUUGGAAAAGAAUGCAUUUAAACAUCUUAAUCAUAUCUUUAGAGCUAAUGAAUCAUUUCCAAGAGAUUUUAGCAAAUUGCUUUAUGAUUAUGAGUAUGAGGAGGAUUUUUUAAGUGCAUGGCAGGAAAUGCUUGAGAAAUAUGACCUUGAGGAUAAUAGUUGGUUGAAAAACACAUUUGUUGUAAGAGAGAAAUGGUCCAUGACAUACGGAAGACAUACAUUCUCAGCAGGUAUGCGAAGUACACAAUUAAGUGAGAGUUUUAAUGGAUCUUUAAGGGGAUAUUUAAAAUCUGAUUUGGAUAUUGUUCAAUUUUUUAAGCAUUUUCAAAGAUCAGUUGAUGAUAAGCGUGCCAAUGAGAAUAAGUCAAAUUUUGACAUGACUCAAAGAAUACCUAUUUUAAAGGUUAAACUUCCUUUAUUGAUUCAUGCUAGGGAAGUAUACACCCCAACUAUAUUUGAUAUGUUCCAAAAUGAAUGGGAAAGAUCACUACUGGUUUCCAUAAAGGACUCUUAUAGUGAAGGAGAAUUAUGUACCUAUAAUGUUAGCACUCUUGGAAGUGUUAAGGAGCAUGCUGUAACUGUUAAGCAAUCAGUAACUCAAGUUUCUUGUAGCUGCAAAUUGUUUGAAUUUUUGGGUAUACUAUGUAGACAUGCUUUAAAGAUUCUGGAUUUACUAAAUGUGAAGGAUAUGAUUCCGGUACAUUAUAUAUUAAAGCGGUGGACAAAAGAUGCUUCUAACAUGAACGAGGUAGAUAUCGAUCUAGUAGAAAAAGAUAGUGAUCCAAAAGUUGAAGUUACUGCAAGGUACAGACAUUUAUGCCAUACUUUUGUUCAAAUUUCAAGUGAAGCUUCAGAAUCCAUAGAAGGGUAUGAAUUGGCCGCAAAAGGUGCGAAUGAGAUAAUUGCCAAGUUAAAGGAUAUCAAGAAGAGAAAUGAAUCGCCUGAAAAGUUGGCUCCAAGCAAGAGUAUUCAGAACGAACCGAGUGAAAUAAUAUUUAUUGACAACACAAAUGUCACAAAGGUGACCGGGUUAAAAAGAAAGGAACCAACUCGUCGCUCUAAUACUCGGCCAAAGAGUUUUACGGAAAAGUCCAAGAAGAAAGGUAGGACUUCGUUGCCAAAAUCUCUUCAAUGCCAAACUAAGCAGCAGUUAGAUCACCUUCCCUGUCUUCAAGUCCCAUGUACACCUUUAUCAGAUACAUCAAAUGAUAUGGGUGUGACAGAAGGAAGUUUUCCUCCAUUGUGCCCUCCACAGUUGUCUCAAGGGUCAUCUAAUGGAAGUUUGACUCAACUCUUAAGAGUUAGUGAACAAUUUUUUAAUACUUCACAUACGUAUAUAUUUUUCUAAUAAGUACUAUUAUUUAUCACAAACUGUCUUUUUAUAUCUAUUGCAGGAUGUUUCAUUUCAUGAUUUAAACAAGUAUUCUCAACAUUGAUUAUGGCAAAUUCGUGAACGCAGAGGUUACAUGGUGAUCGUGUCCGGCAUAGUAGCUUGUUUCCGUUCAUAGGUUUUUUACUAGUGUGCAAUUGACAUUCGCCAAUGUGAAUUGAGCCUUUUUUUUUUUUUUCAUGUCAAGGUUGUAACCCACCUGUGGAUGUUGGAAUUUGUUUGUCCCUUAUAGAAGUAUGUUUUGAGUUUACUCUUCUCAAUUCCAAUUUCCCUUAUAUCGAAGAUCUGAACAAUCUUCAACUUUGAAACUACAAUAAAGUAAUGUUUUUGAUGCUUAUUUGGUUGUGCAACUGCAUUGAAUCAUUUGUUGCAUGAUAUUUACCCUGU